UGCAACACAGCGCUUUACGGAUUGACCGAGGAAUUUGACCAAACAUGGCGUCAAAAGCCGGCCCGUCGGCGAAGCAGCAGCAGCAGCUUCAGGCGCAAUACUCAAACUAUAAGAACGCGCUGCAACAACUGGCGCAGAAAAUUGGCGAUGUCGAGCAAGAGGCUGAGGAGCACAAGCUUGUUCUCGACACGCUUGACCCCCUGCCAGGGGACCGCAAGUGCUUCCGGAUGAUCAAUGGCGUCUUGGUGGAGCGUACGGUUGAGGAUGUUGUUCCCGCUCUCAAGACCAACGCCGAGGGUUUGAAGCAAGUACUCGAGGAGCUCGUCAAACAGUACAAGACGAAGCAGGAUGAUUUGGAGAAGUGGAAGAAGAAGAACAAUGUACAGAUUGUGCAGUCAUGAGAAGGGUUGCCGCCCAAGUGGCUUGUAGGCAUUGUAAUGACCUGGCAGGCUGGAGUGGCGUCAUGCUUCAAACGUGGCAACCAUGAGGUCAAGUCUAGAUCUUGAGGCUUCUGCUCACACGAUGCCGAUACCCUUCGGCAUGCGUCCGCGUGAAAGAUCUCCGGAAGGUAGCUUUGAGAGAUGUCACUGCGGUGUCACACUGCAUCAGCGAAGGGGGCAUGAUGAUACCGUAGAAUCCAUGACUUCAGCCAUCGGUUAGGCCAUGGCAGCGUACGAGGUAAUAUUGAUGUUGAUGUGU